CGCAGACUUCGUGCGCGCGCGUUCGUUCACUCAGAUGCAGCGUGCCUAGGAAAGUCGUAGACCAGUUUGGAAACUGGGGCUUGUCAUGUGCCGACGACGCUUUCUCCUGCGGAAAGCGGUGCUGAUUGCGCGUAUGCGCGGCUUCGGUGAGCGCGUCUUUGUCGAACGAUGACGCCAGCGUCGUCACAUUGGAUAUCCGCGGCGCGGCCAACGCUCUCGAAGUUCGGAUCGACCGAUUCAGUGCCAGCUCCCGUCCGGGCGCGCACAUCGCUGCCAUCACCGCCAGCUCCAAGUUUGGCGGCGCGGGGAAGAACGUCUGACGACGCCGAUGUGACGCGAGACACGGCCGGGAACAAGCGACGUCCUCGGGCACGCCGGCCGAACGGCGGCCGCGGUCUUCCACCCCGCCGACGGGACCCGCGGCGGGGGUCCGCACCCGACCCCGGAUCAGCGAGGAGGAGGGCGAGGAGGAGAGGGCAGGCGUGUGGUCCGGCGGCCUCGACGGCCGCUGCAGCUCGCUGACGGGGGUGGCCGGCCGGACCGGGAAUGAGCCGGCCUGGUCACCGCGGCCGGCUGCCCCGAGCAUCGUCCGAGACCUGCGUGCUGGCGCCGUUCUCCUUGCUGCUUCUGCUUGUGGUCGAGGCGGCGAUCCUGCUGCGACCGGGCCACGCUGCGACGGAGACCACGGAACUGUCCUCGGACAACUCGUCCACCGGAGCUUCCAUCACGCUUUCCUCGCAACACGAGGUCGCCGCACCGAGCAAGGCGGCACUCAGCCAGCCCCAGCCGCCAGAGGAAGGCGGAGGCGGCUACAGCUACUGGGUGCGAGGGCCCGAGCAGUACACGUCUCUGUCGGGCGACCUGAGCGUCGAGUACGGGCUGCCCGAGGUGCGCGGCGCCGCCGGCAGCGGCCCCGCGGGCGGCCUCACGGCUCACGUGGCCGAUGCCCGGGACGGCACGGUGCUGGCCAAGACCGACUUGCCCCGCCGAGGUUCCACGGGCCGUGUGGUGUUCGCCUGCGGGCUCGUGCACCGCGCCGGCAGAUACACCUUCGCUCUCGUCGCCGCCGACGGGGAGACCGUGCUGGCACGCUCGACGCGCGACACCCUGGUUCGCUGGCCGGAAGUGGUGACGCACGUGCCCCUCAUACUGGAGACGUACGGCUCGGACGUGGUGGUGACGUUCGAGCUGCCGGCUCUGCGCUGCGCUCCGCUGCACCAGGACGACUACGGCUUCGUGGUGUCGCUGGUGUACCGGGGCGCGCACCGCGAGCCCCAGUCCUGGUUCCAGGAGUCCCUGGUCGACCAGAAGCCUCUGGCGAGCUGGGCCGAGCUGCGAAGCCAUGACGUCACGCUUGACUGCGAGGCCUUCGACAGGGCUGGCUACUACCAGGUGCGGUUAUCAUGCGCCGACGACCCGAAGCUGCCGCUGGUGUCUGAGAGCGUGCCCGUGCGGGUUGUGUGGAGCUCUCGCUACAUGCUCAACGUCGCGCAAGCGGCCAUCUCUAGCUGCCACGACGGCAUCAAUGUCCUCUACCGGUACCCGACUACCUGUAGCAAGGACCGCGACAAGGUGCGUGUGUACGGCCUUCCGGGUCCCGCCCGGCUGCCGGUGCACGCGUCUCCUCCCUGGCGCUACCUGUUCGAGCGGAGGCUGCCGCGGGGCAAGCACGCGCUCACCCUGGGCUGCCACCUCUUCCCCGAUGCGUACGCGCAGUUCUGCUUCGCUUACGUCAGCGUGGCUCGCAAUGGCGCCGUCUUCGAGCUGCUCAGACAGUGCCGGCCCUGGUCGCUUGAGUCCGGCUUGUCGGCGUCCUCCUGGGGCAACUGGACCGUGUGGGGUCCGUGCUCGGGGUCCUGCGGUCGUGGAAGCCAGAUGCGCUACAGGCUGUGCGGCAGGCUCGAUGGUGCCUGCUACGGCAGCGCCUACGACACCAGGCCCUGCAUGCUGGACCCCUGUCCAGAUACCACGCCGUCGGCAGAAAAUGCAACCUCGACCACGCCGCUGCCGUCGACCUACUGCAUCUGCGGCUGCACGCUGACGGUGAUCCGGCGUGCCACCGUGCGCUUCUCCAGCUCGACGCCGUGCGUGGAUAGCUCCGUGUCGUGGGUGCUCAAGCCGUUCUCGCGGCACAGGCUGGUCUCCGUGAGGCUGACCGACGUGGAACUGGACGCGGGCGAGAUAUCGGUGCGCGACGGCACGUCCCCGCUGGGCGUCCUCCUGGCCGCCGUCCCUUCUGAAGGCGGCACCCAGCCGAUUCUCGAGGCCACCUCCCUGUCGGGGCCAGUCCGCAUCGACUACGUGCACGCCGAGGUCUCGGAUAGAAACACGUCGCACCAGGCUGUGGCCAGCUUCAGCAUUGCCUUCUGGGAAACGAACUCAACCUUGGCCACUAUGACUUCGCGGUACCCUCGCCACUCCGGCCUGGCGCCGUUCCAUUCGUCCGUGCACGCGCUGCUGGCCUUCCUGGGCUGCGCCGUGGUGCUGACCGUGUCCCUGCUGGCGGUCGCGUACCGGAGCCGCUGCUGCCUGUCGCGGCGGCGCAAGGCGCGCAGCCUGGCCUCGGACUCGCUGUGCUCCGACGGCGGCCUCGACUCGCGGCCCACGGUGCGUCUCCUGGCCGCGGGCUCUCUCACCUCCAUCUCGGAGAUGUCCGCGGAAGACGACGCGCCGGACGAGAACCAAGCUAUGCCUGUCGCGGAGACCGUCCCGCUCAAAUAUUCGGGCGAGAGCCCCGAGGAUUACAUGGAGCAAGCGUGCCUAUUUAAGUCGGUCGGCUCCGUGUGCACGGCUUCGGUGUCCUCUACACCGGUGCUCAAGAAGCGGGUGCCAGUGGCCACAGUGUCUCCACAGCCGCAGAGCCAAACAUGCACGCCGCGGCUUCCUCUCAAGCCGAGGCCGCUCAAGUACCUCAUCGCGGCGAGCGGCGACGGCGCCGAGGACUCGGUCGAGUCCCUGGAAGCCUCAGGGCGAGGCUCGAGUGGCCACAACCAGCACCGGCGGGCGGCGGCUCUCGGUCUCGUGGAUCGCGUUGCCAGCUGCGGUUCGCGCGCCAGGGACAGUGCGGCCGUCGCGCUGGCCCCGUCUCUCUCCGAGCUCAGUACUAGCGGCACCGAGGAUGGCUUCGAGCUGGACUAUUACGACUACGGCUGCCACGACGUGCCCGGCUCGUUCUUCAGCGCCCAAGUGGGCAGCUGGCCGCCGUUCUUGCCGCUGCCGGCCGAAGACGAGCUUUUAGAGUUACAGCUGCAGAACUACACAUUACCCCCGCCGACCGAGACGACCGACUUUAGCGUGGUGGCUCAGGUGGACGAGUCUGAAGACGAACAGUGACGGAAAACAGCACCUGUGCUCAGCUGGAUGCCGGAUGCGGGAGGUGUUAAGUGUUUCGGAAAAACGUUUAUACUGAAACGCUAUCCAGGCUGUGACUUUCCAUUCUUCUUCACGACUGACACUACCGCUCUGGAAAACCUUCACGGUUGCUGAUUACAGCUCAACAGUAGCAGUAUGGGUCGAUGAAGCAGUGGCUGUGUCAUCUACGUAAGAGGGUGUGCGCCUUAAGUUCGCUUCAUAUUUUCGCUAACCGCCCGAGCUGCGGCAAAUAACGCGAGAUGUUUACGCACAAUUUUGCAGAAUGUUAAUGUGUUCGUAAGUUCGACGCGCUUACACGCGUUUUUACGCUUUCAUUGGCAUGUAUGUCUCGGACCAUCGCUCGCUACAAGUAUCGAAGCACACGCUUUCGACGACACGCUUGUCAACCACUAGCGCCAGUCAUGCAUCAUGCACUUCGAGUAACCUCGCUGUCGGAAUGUGCGGGUCAGUGUGAUAGAGCGCCGAACGCUCUGCUCGCACCCUACUUCACUUUUGAGGGUUUGCAAGACUGACUACGACUUUGUUGCUAUGAGGUCACUCACCUGUGAUAUUUGGCUAAGGGCUGCGUAUACGCAAGUCGCGUCGCUUGAAACGGAUUAUCAUUCAGAGUACAAUGCCCGAGUUCACAGCAAUAGUGGCACAGUAAGCCUUCUUUGUGAUUCUUGCUGCACACGAUGGUAUACAUAUAUACAUUUCAAAUUAGUUCAUUCAGGCUACUUAUUUCUUAACGAUUACACCCGAAAAGAAUCUUGAAGUCCCAACGUCCUUCCUUGAGAGAAGAGAGAGAAAACUAAUAAGGGAACGGCAGAGUGGUUAACCAGGCUGAACCCGGUAGGCUACCCUGCACUGGGGAAGGGGGUAGGUGAUUGAAAGAGAAGGAAAAGUUCCCACUUUGCAGAGUUACACGGACAAGCGUUCAUCGCUGAAUUAGUCACAGGCGGUCACACAGGCUGGUGCAUUUCAAAAAACGCAACAGCGCCUUUGUGGCCUUACACAUAGCAGACGCACGAAGCCUCGGGCUCAAGAUCUUCUCCACCGUAUGAGGCCUGCCAUCCAAGUGUCCCAAAGCUGUCGGGAGGGAACUACUCUCAUCUUCGUAUGUGGGGCAGUCACAUUGGAGAUGUUUGGUGGUUUCCUCAACACCACAUGUGCUGCAAUUGGGACAGUACGCCAUUGCAAUUAGGAAUGAGUAGGCGUUUGUAAAAGAAACUCCUAUGCGCGGGCGGCACAGUAACAUUUCUUCCUGUCGGUUAAAACCUGGUAAGAGUUGUAAUUUCAUAUGUGGGUCCAUGUAUAUAGGCGCCGGUUUGUAAAUUUUCAUGAGCGUUUCGGCUACACUUUCCGGCUUUGCCGAUGUAGCUGCAAUAGCAGCGUCACCAAUUUCUUUCUGCAUCAUUUUUCCAGCUAGGUUAUCAGACCACACGAGCUAAUUUUAGUGGAAGGGCUACUUUUUCUAAAACCAUGCGCAGUAGUUCAGGAUCCGAGUUCACGCAACGUUUCGUUCAUAAGUGCUGUUUGCCAUUGGCUGGCCAUCCUCACUCAUAACAAGCCUGACGUAACGAAUGGCUAACAUAUGCUCGAUGAGUUCUAACGAAGAUUCCUAGCGUGAGAACUUUCUGUGUAAAUACUGGCCCUGUUCUGCGAGUGCUGGCAAACGGUGGGUCACCUGUGUGGAAGUUCUAAAACAGCGCCGACAACGAAUGCAGUGUUCAAAAUGUUCAUCACUUUCGUGUCGCUGCCACCACUUCUGGUUCCGUUGUUUUUGUGUGUUGCUUCUUAAAACGUUGCUUUGCCUCUGGCCCUCCAUUUUCAAAUACACGUAAAUUGCAGAAAAGUUUUCUCACCCGACAACCGCUGACGAAAUCUGAAUGAAGCUUAUUGCUAUAAAAUCAAUUUAAUUUUGCCGAUUGUUGUCCACAGAUUUCUUGUUUGUCUUUUUGAAGUCUUCACAGAAGUAAGGAAAUAAUACAUGAAGCAUUGACUUCAUAGCUCUGUACCUCCGCAGUUCGAAUGUUUGUCGACAUUAUGAACUGCGUCAGUUUAUAUUAUCAGCAAAUAUUAGUGUAUAUUAAUAUAUAUUUAGUGUACCUUGCUUUGAAAUAAAUCGCUAAUCAGGCAGUACAACAUUUGAAAAUCUCACGUAAGGAAUGUAACUUUAUGUAAGCACUGAACUAAUAUAUUUCUCCGCAUUAAACACUCUAACAUAUACAGCUUAGAGAAUUGCGAUAUCUGCUUUAAGUUGGGUUGUUUCUCUCUUCCAGAGUUUUGCCCACUUCCGGCGUUUUCUGUAAAACAAUUGAGGCCAUCAAUCAGAACUGCUUCCAGUGAUCGAUAUAAAUUAUCUUUCUCUCAGUUGUAGCACAUUUUAUUAAAACUAGUUUAUCGAUUGCCUAGUGAGAUCAUUUCUGCAUUUGACUUGUAUUUGUAUGGGGAACCUUCACUUGACCACGAGCUAAAGCUUCCUCCGAAGAGCAAUUUCUUUCUCAUUUGCAUAUCGAGUACCUGACACCGAAUCGCAGGCAAUUGUUUCGUCAUUUGCUCUUUUGCGAUAUCACAGUCCUCCUCACGCACAAUGUCUUAUUGUCUUCAGAUAGGAGAGAAGCUAAAUGUUCUAUACAAACAAUAGUAGGCAUUGCACAGUGGUAACGGAGAAGUAUUGCAAGUGAUCGGCGAUUGGAGCGGCAAAAUUGCGUUACGCGGUGCUGCAGCUGAUGACACGCUGAUAGCAAGAAUACCGGGCCGUUCGAAUUCCUGGCACUCGAGGGUAGUUCAGCAGCCGGUUGCGGCUUGGAAAGGUUGGCUAUUGACCAGCAUACUAACGCGCGAUGAAAAGAAUAGGAUAUAGAUUCACGAUCACUCGAACGCUGUCGUCUAUGGAUACCCGCCGAUCUCCCCUACACUUCAAACAUGAGGAGAGCCCAGCAGCCUCACUAUCUGCCCAUUUCUGCGCAGCAGCGCCGCGUGUCGCAAUUUUGCCAUUCGCUUCGCCGGUCACUACCGCUAAUCUUUUUCUUCGGUGCCGCUGUGCAUUCUUUGUUGUCGUUAUGUUUCACCGAGAGGGCAUUACUGCAGCAGCUUUGGCUCUAUUUUUCUUUUUUUUUAGCUCACCGCUUGAGAGAGGCACGGCGAAGUCGAAUACUUAUUGGGUGCUAUUCUGGACAUUGAUGGCACAAUGUGUUUCUGGAUAUCGUAAAAUUCCGCCAUAUUGUCAACUUGUGUAAUGGCGGUAUUUUCAGCCAACCAAAGACGCCGCGGCAUGCCCCUUUGGGCCAAUUACAAGAUGGCGAAUUCGAUCAUAUGGUGUAAUUUGUUAAUGCCCAGAAUAGCACCCAUUGUUGCAGUGCCCCUUGCCAUUGUUGCGGGCCUUUAAUACUCAGUUCGUCAAAUUAUGUGCGCGUAAGUCGCGCUAUGAAUGCGCGGAUCUUCAACGGCUAGUCAUUGGCUUCGACGUGGACGGCAUUAUGCCAUCACACGGAUAUCAUUUCUUUAUUCAGGACAAAUGCUUUUUUUAAGGCCCUGAUUGUAUGUAACCUCUUCACAAGCAAGAUCACUCGUCUUAUGGACAGCGCCUUGGCGCUGAUGAUGAUGGAAAAAAUCAUUACAUCAAGACGUGCAGCCUUGCGAGCUCUUGUAAAUAGUAGACGAUGCUAGUCACUUUUGAAAAUUGUGUUUAAUAAAAAUGUUUUGGUACACGA